GUCCUUACGAAAUAAACAAAUUGGGGUCCUUUCUUGCGAUAGGCUAGCUGUCGAAACCGUGUUACGAGUCACAUUGUUUUACACAACUGUGGUAAAUUAACAAAAAUAACACCAAUAUAUGUCGAUUAGAUUGUUUUGGGGAUGUUGAUAAAAUCGAAGUUUCCUUUGGUUUGGUCAUUUACGCCCUAACUGUCCCAGUAGUUGUGUUUUAUAACGUCGAAGGGUUUUUUUUUCGGUCGCCGUCAACACAGCAGUAGCGUUAGCAAAGCAACCAAGCUAACGUUGUCAAAACCCACGUAACGUUAAUUCUGAUAUUUAGCUAGCUAGCCAAACAAAAUAAGAGGGAGGCGUUGAUGAGCAGUAAUGUCUGGCAUCGCUCUUAGCAGACUGUCCCAGGAGCGCAAAGCCUGGAGGAAAGACCAUCCGUUUGGUUUUGUUGCUGUGCCCACGAAGAAUCCUGAUGGGACCAUGAAUCUGAUGAACUGGGAGUGUGCCAUUCCUGGGAAGAAAGGAACCUUGUGGGAGGGAGGACUUUACAAACUCAGAAUGCUGUUCAAAGAUGACUACCCUUCUUCACCACCCAAAUGCAAGUUUGAGCCACCAAUAUUCCACCCAAAUGUCUACCCAUCUGGAACAGUGUGUCUGUCCAUCCUGGAGGAGGACAAAGACUGGAGGCCUGCCAUCACCAUCAAACAGAUCCUGUUGGGUAUCCAGGAGCUGCUGAAUGAGCCCAACAUUCAAGACCCAGCACAAGCAGAGGCGUACACAAUUUACUGUCAGAACAGGAUGGACUAUGAGAAGCGGGUAAGGGCACAGGCCAAGAAGUUUGCCCCCACAUAGAGAGGAGAGCUGGCCUCGCCUGAGCAGCCUGGACGGACUGCUGGAGGUUACAAACUGGAGGCAGGCAGCACCUGAUGGACCACUCCAAUAAGAAUCCAGUUUAGAGUAUUAUACUAUUACACAGGUUUUCUUCUUCUUCUUUUUUGAAAACAACAAAACGUUCAUUAAGAAAUAUUCAUGCAUUUUUAAUGCAUAGCUGGUGAUCCUAGAACUCUGCUGUCAACACAACCUUUUGCUAUUUGUAACUCUUGUAUAAUUCAUAUCUCCGGUCUUUUCAUGAGUGCUGCUCAGCUCACUCCUGCCUCUCAUUGAUUCUGUAAGUCCUAUUAAUUUAUCGACAGAGCUGUAGAGAUAAGAAGUCCAAACCACUCUGUGUGUAGUUCAGUCGGUUGUGGCGGAGGAGGAGAUUUUGUUUAUUCUUACACUUCCAGUUUUUUUUAUUUUAUUUGAUCAAACCCCAGAAGUAUUGUAGAUAGUGGCCGUGAAACGGGGACAAAGCAGUCAGACACACGAGGGAAGUCACUCCUCCCGUUGUCAGGGUUGGGAAUCGAAAUCUGGUUCAAAAUUAGAACCCAAUACAAGAUGCCAAGAAGUGUGUGUGUGUGUGUGUGUGUGUGUGUGUGUGUGUGUGUGUGUGUGUGUGUGUGUGUGUGUGUGGAAAAAAGAAAAGAGAGGUCUAGUUCCUAAACAACUACACAUUGGCAAAGCGAUACAUUUUGUGUUGUUUAGACAGUAUUGGGAAGAGUUGCAAGCAUGCGAGUCAGCUGUGCGCCAUGAGCCACAUUUUCUACUUUGCUGUCGUCGCAGCCCCCCCCCCCUCUCUCUCUCUCUCUCUCUCUCGCUCUCUCUCACUAAAACACACACACACACACACACAUCAUCACCAUUCUCAACCCAGUUGUAUGUUGUUUUUUUUCCCCCAAAGACGCAGUGAAUGUUCUUUUGCGUUUCGGCUCGUAUGUUGUUUUUAUUGACCGCCACCUCGUGUAUGAAGUAAACGUGGCUGCCUGUGUCUGUUUCUGUGCAGCGUUCUGAGCAGACACGGGCAGAGGGGAGCGCAAAGUCUCGGCGAGAAAACGCAGGUGCAGUAAUGAUAUGAAUAAAUAUGAACUGUGUAAAAGUUUUUUUUUUAAAUACACCCCGCCCCUCAAAUAAUCGGGAAUCAAGAAUCGUUAAGAACCUGAAUCGAUAAGCAGAAUUGGCAUCAGAACAGCUGAAAUCCAAACAAGACCCAACCUUGCUCGUUGUUCUCCAGAUCCCUUGUUUUUGUUCCCGUCACAUACGCCUCACAUUUGAGUUCCCAGAAAGGCAUCAAAAGAAUACUGUCAAGUCGCCAACUUCAGGUAAAAGACAAUCCUGGCACUUUUUAUAUCGGUUAGUAGCGAAACCAACUCAGAGAAGGGAAGACUUGCGAGAGAUAAAUGGGGCCCGUGAGCCAGGGCUUUGCUUUAAAAUAAUCUUACAUUUCAGCGGAGCUAAGAUAAGCUUACAGUGUGUUCACACCCAGGCGAAGCGAUGUUUCACAUCACUUUAAUCGCGUGAGUUUGAUCGCAGAAUCACAUUGGGAUCAUUUGUUUACUCACUUUACCCGCGUUGCUCGUGCCGGUGUAGAGCUGUAGAGCUUACCAGGUAGUCCAACUUCCUUGCUUACUUUUCCUUCUCUUUUGUCCGUUCUCUGUACAAAUAAUGAGGUACUAUAGAGCUCUGGGUGCAGACAGCUACAGUUUGUACCUUCAUUUCUGAUACCACAAUUUCAGGACAUCAGGAGGAUCUAAACACUGAUUGGCUUUCGCGACACAGCGCCAUGCGGAUUUCUCCCUGCAUUUUUGGCUGCAGGUUUGCGUCUUUGCAUUGACUUUGCAUGUAAUGGUGUCGCCGAAUUCGGGCGAAAAUGCUUGGGUGGGAACACGCCAUGAGUGUUCAGAUUCUUUUUGUGAAUCCAACUGGGAGUAAAGCUAUUUGUCAGUUACAGUUUCAGUGUUGAACUACAUGCACAUUCAACACCAGUUUGUCAUUUGCUUCCCAAAGCGCUACAAUAUGAGAUAGAGGAGAACUUGUGUUGUAAGAUAGAGAAGUUGCAUUGUUACAAAAACGUUUGCUGUGUGUGUUUUUGUUUUGGCGCUCAAUCAGUUAGACAUAGCCUAGCAUACCAUCACUUGUGGUUAUUUUCUCCCACAAUGCUCACAAAAUGAAUACAAACCUGUAUAAAUCAUGAAGCUAUUAAAUGUUCAAGUCAAUCUGGCAAACAGAAGCUGAAGGAUCCUCAUUGGAAUGGCCUCUCAACCAGCAAGGACGACAUUUGAAAGUGCACUUGAGAGUAAGCGCAGACCUGAGAUUUUUUUGCCUCUAAAUAUACGAGUGCAUGUACAUAAUAUAAAUAAUGACAAAUUGUGGAAGUUAUGUUUUAUAUUGUUUUAGCCAGUUGACAUUUGUGUGUGGUAUUAUAACAAAGAACACAAUAAAUGGCAUAAAAUUGUGAAAUAAAGUUGAAUAAAAGGAAUGUUUUGUGGU